ACAUUUAACUAGUGUUCGAUUUGAUAACGUUAUCCGCUCAUAAGGUUAUCUUUAUAUUUGUUGGUUACCGCCGAUUGUGAAAUGAGUUGAUUACUCAUUAGUUAUAUUACUAUUAGUCUGUUUAUAUCAAUAGAAAAUAAUUUUGGUUCUAAUGCAACAACUCUAAAUAUGCCUAAUAUAAUCAAUGAAAUUAAAUUAGAUUUCAAAGACGUCCUCUUGAGACCUAAGAGAUCAACAAUAAAAAGUAGGAACGAUGUUAACUUGUAUAAAAAAAUUACCUUUCGUAACUCAAAAAAAAUUUAUCAUGGAGUUCCUGUUAUGGCCUCAAACAUGGAUACUGUUGGAACUUUCAAUAUGGCACGCGCUUUAUCAAAAAAUGGAUUAUUUACUUGUAUACACAAAUACUAUAGCGUAGAUGAGUGGAAACAGUUUGCCAAAGAAAAUCCGGAAUGUUUAAAAAAUGUGGCCGUCAGUGCUGGAAUGUCGGCAGAUGAUUUUAAAAGACUGUCUGAUAUAUUAGAAGUAGUUCCUGAUGUUUCCUUUAUUUGUUUAGAUGUUGCUAAUGGCUAUUCACAACAUUUUGUUGAAUUUGUGUCUACAGUGAGAACAACAUUCCCAUCGCACACUAUUAUUGCAGGUAAUGUGGUAACAGGUGAAAUGGUAGAAGAAUUGAUUUUAUCUGGAGCUGAUAUAAUUAAAGUUGGAAUUGGUCCGGGAUCAGUUUGUACAACGAGAAUGAAGACUGGCGUUGGAUAUCCACAGCUCUCAGCUGUUAUCGAGUGUGCAGAUGCUGCUCAUGGUUUAGAGGGUCACAUUAUAUCUGAUGGUGGUUGUACUUGUCCUGGAGAUGUAGCUAAAGCUUUCGGAGCUGGUGCUGACUUUGUGAUGGCCGGAGGAAUGUUCGCUGGCCAUGACGAGUGUGAUGGUGAGGUGAUCGAAAAAGAUGGGAAGAAAUUCAAGCUGUUCUAUGGAAUGUCAUCCAGUACAGCAAUGGAAAAACAUGCAGGUGGUGUUGCAGAAUACCGAGCGUCAGAAGGAAAAACCGUCCAAGUACCUUACAAAGGGGAAGUCAGAAAUACAGUGUUGGAUAUUUUAGGUGGUCUUCGAAGUGCCUGCACAUAUACAGGAUCUUUGAAAUUAAUAGAAUUACCUCGUAGAUCAACGUUUGUCCGAUGUACUCAACAAUUUAAUAACAUUUACAUUUAACUAACCUAUUAGUACUAUACAAAUAAUAAAAUGGAUGUUUUAUCCAUAGUUUAUUCACAUUUUGACUAAAAACUAACAUAUUUAAGAAUCACAUUUAUAUUUUAUAUAAAUAAUAUUUCAUAUCUAUUAGUAUAUAGUUUGUUUUCUGAAAUUUAGGGUGGAUUAUUAAAAUACUAAUUUAUCCAUAUUAUAAGAUAUCCAAUAAUCAUAAUCUUCACUUUUUCGUUCACUGUCUGUACUUUGCGUUGUAUUCUUUCUCCCACCUUUUGGAGUUUAUUACAGCAGUAAAAGAACGUAGAUCUUUGAUUUUGAAUAUGUGUUGAACUUCGAUGUAUUCCGCCAAACCUCGACUCAUCAUACAUCAAAAUGUUCCCUUUGCAUCGCUCUAUCGAUUGGUUUGAACUGCGUUAAAAUCCGUUACAUGGUUUCGAAUUAUUUACGGACAUACAAAACAAGAGAAGCAAGUAGAUCUUUGAUUUUGAAUAUGUAUUGUUUGUCGGUUUAUAAUUUAUUUUUAUUUUUGUUAUUUUUUGUACUAUUUCUUAAGACAAUUGGUGUAAUCAGCAAUAAAAAGCUUUUGGAACUGCUGGCUAAACUAAAAUUUCCCCUCUCAUCUUGACUUUCAAACUGAGUUGGAACUGGAAUUAAAUUUUUUUGUCAAGAAUAAUUUGGCUUUUAGAUUAUGUUUUCAUCGACCAAAACUUCCAACCGCACAAUUGAAGAUACCUUCAGAAAGUCUAAACUAAACUACAAAUCCUGAGUAUUAACAAAAUUUGUCAAACACAUUCACAUUAUUUACAAUAAAUAUAAAAAAUUGGGUUGUUAAUUUAUAGAGGUAACAAGUUUGCAAAACAUUGAACUGUGCCGAGACAAGAUAUACCAUCUUUUUAAAAUGUUUUUUGUCAUAUGCAAUUCUAAAUAGGGCUUGAUUAUUUAGGUUAGUCUAGUGUGUUAUUCUUCAGCCAUGAGUAUUAUCGCCAACUCACCAGACCUCUUCUAUCCUCGACUUUUCUUUCUAAAAAUCGGUAUUUAGGACCACUGUACACAAAAAAAUGGCUUAGUCUACAGGUAUUUCAGAAAUUACUGUUAGACAAUGGAAGCGUUCCUCUUCAGUCAGUUAGAAUCCAAGAGAGCCAACGAGCACUCACAUUGAGGGAACCAAACGUUUCUGUUAAAAUUUUUUCAAUUGUGCCGUGGGAAGAUUAAGAAUGCGGUCAACAAAUUCACAGACCUUUGAGUAACUCACUGUUGAUCUUCUGGACAAAUGCAUCC